AGAAAAUUGUAGUUGAAUUGAUUCUUAAAUUGUAACCAUGAAUCUCAGUUGAAUUUAAGAAAAAGCUCAAUUGUGACAAUCUUUUUGUUGUCACAAUCUCUCCCUCGCUCUGGUUGGUCUGGUUUCGACUGUGACAUUUGACAACCUUUUCUAUCAGCAAGAGAAGGUUAAAAAGCGGCGAUGAUUAAGAAGAAGAUCAAAUCCUGUUGAUAAAAGGCCAAAAAAAGAAAAGAAUUCAAAUAGAAAAGAAGAGGAUGAAUAUGAUAUCCGACGAAACGGAAAAAUGGCCUCGAAUAGACAAGAAAAAGGUGAGUUUAUAAUAGCGAAAUGAUGAAUUACCUUUUGUCUUUUUUUCGGUUCUUCUCUUCUUGGGCCUGGCAGAUCUUCCGGGUGAACAGAGAAGCCUGAAUAUCGUCGUAACGAAAUCCAUCAUCUGUAUCAAGAGAGCAAGAGAAGGAGUUUCAAUUAUCAUUUAGAGAGAAAUUAAAUUAAAUUAAAUUAAAGGUUAAAGGUAAAAAUAGAAUAAAACUUUGCACAGUGUAAACAAAUCUUUGAAUGUUCAACAUGUUCUCAACUAAUGGAUAUCUUCAAUUUUUAAUUGUCUCACUUACAAUCACCUUGACCAGUGUCUUCUCACUUCCAGUGAUGCGAAUGAGACUUUGUAUCUCCUCCAAUGAUCCAUAUCGAUUACAAAGUCAGUGUGUUUUAUGUCACAAUAAGAGAUUCGUGAAAACAGUUCGUCAAUGUACCGGUGGGACAUAUUUACCCGCUAAUGUAUCAGUCGAAGAGGGAUUUUGUAUGAUCAAACAGUGUAGAUUGCAAAUGCCUUUGGUUCCACCUCAGCCUUACAAUACCCUCAAUAGUAAUGCCAAUAUAAAUACAGUCUCAACGGAUAAUCUUUAUUCAGGCUACGAAUCGGCCACUGAUUAUCAAUAUCAACUUCCAAAGCCGAUUAGGGUUCGUCCACCGGCCGUGCUUCAUAUCGGUAAACCAGUGAGACCAGGACUUUUAACUGGAAGGCCACUUUUAUUUGGUAAAAGAAGUAUAGAUUUUGAUGAAUAUGAUUGACGAUAAGGAUACUAAGUGAUUGUUAAUUUCUAAUCGAGACUCGUUAAUGAUUAUGGAUUCAUUUGAAUUUAUUUGAACGCCAAAGCUACAAAUCACAGGAACUUUAAUCUAUCCUUAGGAUUUUCUCAUGUCUAAUCGUUAAUCUUUUACUAUAAUUUAUGAUUAAUCUGUAAAAAAAUGUUGAUUUGGUAAUUUUUCACUAAUCCUUUAAUUAUAAUCUAAUCAAUUGGACCUUUAUAUAAUCUGACAUGUAAACACAAUCAAUGUUUGUCAUAACCGUUUGAAUUAAAUAUUGACACAUUUUUUUU